UUUUAGGACACAAUAGUACAUUUUAUGUCUAGGUAUAUACUUACACUUUGCAUGAUAAUUCCAUCAUUGUGCGUACGACGUUACAUAUUAAUGCACGUUCGCCACGCUCAUGGCGUCAUCGCGUCGUUUCCUGUUUCGGACGCAGGUGAAGAGAGUUUGGUAAUGUGAAACGAUUAACCAGGUAAUGAAAUAUGGCAACACUAAAGGAUUCGGAGGCACGAGAGAGCUUGGGCAGCAUGCAGAGUCCGGUGCACAGCGAGACCUCGGAGUACUGCGCCAAACUACAGGAAUGGAUGUGGCAGUAUUACUGCGGCUAUCUGAACUGGCAGAGCUGGAUGGCAGCGUUUGCGGCCCCUUUGCCUCCUUGCUGCAGCCCGCAGACGGAGGCUCAGGGGCAACCGGCUUUGGACGGUCGCAGCUGGUAUUACGCUCAGUUCCUCGCCACAGUGCCCUCUGAUCGCGCUGCCUCCCCGGCCCCGGGCUCCCCCGCUUCCCCCGACAGGCCGGUGCAGCAGCAAAACGGCAAUGUUCCGCAAGCAGGUCACGAGUUCACCAUCCCCACACCCCUGCACCGCUUUUGUGCCGAGGUACUGGAUUUCAUCAUCCUGUUCUGCAUGAAGGCUGCAGUUAUCCUCACCGUCAUGCACCUAAGUGGUAUGAAGGACGUCUCCAAGUUGGCCCUGCAUUUCAUCGUGGAAGAGAUCAGCGAGGACACAUCUAUGGAGGAACUCCAGAAAAUGAUGGUAGUGGCUCUGGUCUACAGGGUCCUGGUUUGCUUUUAUGAGAUUAUCUGUAUAUGGGGGGCAGGGGGAGCUACCCCAGGGAAGUUUCUCCUGGAUCUUCGCGUGGUCACGUGCGACUCGGCGAUCCUGGUCCGGCCCAGCCGGGUUCGGGUGAUCCCUGCGUCCAACGUCUCCCUUUCUGCGUCCACGGUUCGAGCUCUGAACAAGAACUUCUCCAUCGCUUUCUUCUUCCCGGCCUUCAUCACGUUGCUCCUCUUUCAGCACAACAGGACGGUGUACGACAUUGUGGCCGGCACCAUCGUGGUCAAACGCAGCGGGGCCAGGUGAUGGCUGCUAGGUGCCCCUGCACUGCCCAUUACCUUAGACACGGGACUGGGACGAACCAUUGGGUUGGGGGGGGGGUGUGGGGGGCUUGCCUGAGUGCCUGAGGACUGCUUCUCACCAUGAGCUUCUCCAUACACCUACCGACCAUUUCAGGGACACUUUCACGAUUCACAUUUUUAAUUAAUUUUUUUUUUUUUCUUUCGCUGUAUGAUUGUCAGUCUGGUUAUAGUUGUAAAUUAAACUUCUAAUUGUUAAGGAUAUUGAUUGAUCAAGGAAUGUGGAGUUCAGGCUUUAAGUGGUUUGUGGGAAGGUACCUCGCAGCAUCCGAGACGAGAUUCCUGAGGUUCCUGCCGCAUAGUCUGACCUCCCGAAAUGUAAACGGCAAGGGCAUUUCUGAGCUGUCGCGUUCAGGGUUCACCUGUGGGGAACCUCCGUGAUCCGUUUAAGGUGAACGGGAUUUCUCAGUCUUAACUCAUUUGGCCAGAAGGUUUGCAUUUUCCGCAGAGACCUCAAAGAGCUCGAAGGAGUUUUAUCACGUCAGCUGCAGCGCUGGAGAUGGCUGUUGGCCAGCCUCGCUGAGAGGGAACGUGCCGAGCCACUGCAGCAUUGAACGGCUCUCCACCAACUGCCUUGUGUGGUUGUGGAGGCUUGACUCAGAGUGUCACCCGUUAAUUGGACCGUUCCUUAGCUGACCCCUGUCUUUAUGGGCCUUGCCGGCCGAGCCUGUGGUCGACAUGCACCCGGCGUUUCUGUAAUGUUUCUGUGAAAUAGUUACAUGUUGUGCCGAGGAUCCAGCCCUGCGGUGGGACCAUUUGGUGCUGCUUUGCCGUCAGGCGCCUCAUAAGCUGCAAUUAAAUAAAUCAGGGAGACGGGGUGGGCUACGGCCUGUGCAUUUUCUGCAGACGCUUAAAAUUAACCUGCUAAUAAAAUUUCAGUGUCUCCGCAUUUAUAUUUAACACUUCACUAUUUGGCCAGGAAAUGGUCAACAGCUUUGUGUUUUAAAGGCGUUUUAAAAUGUUUAUGAAUUAUUUAAAAAGCCAUUAUGUAUUUCUUGCUAAUGUAAUACUGUGCUUAUGCUAUUAUGUAUGUUAUGUAUAGUAUUUUGGAUUGAGUGCUUAUUCCAGUUUUAUUUAUUUUGUAUUGACAUAAAAGGUAUUGGAAUGGUUUGUGUCCCCUGCAAUGGGUUGGGCGUCCUGUCAGAGGUUCUUCCUGCCUUGCACUUGUAGCAUGGAUGGAUGGAUGGAUGGACUUAAGGUAUUGGUAAUUCAUGGAGCCCCGUCCGAAUGUCCCCCCUGCCUGUGUAGGGAAGGCUCUUGGCCCCCUCCAGCUCCUUACGGGAAAUGUGGCCGUACAGUGGAUGCGUGGGCGUUUUUGGUGGUGGUUGGAGUGUGCUGGUUUGUACUUGAUCUGCAUCAUUAAGCCGGUCUGUGUGAGCGCCCCCCCCCCCCCCCCCCCAUCGCUGUGAACCUUUGCCCUGAACUGCAUCCAGAGUAAAAGGCACGUGUGUCGCCAGAGGGAAAAGCGCUGCUCGUUAAACUGAUGUUUUAACUUGGAAAACGUUUUGUAUUCUUCUGAGGAAGAAAAUGGGCUGUUUGAGCAAACUCCUUUUUGGGUGAUUUAAUUUGGUGGCUUCGGGGGGCUUUGGGGGGCUUCAUAGCUGCGCGGUCUGGCCAGGUCAGCAUGUGAUGUUUGUUAUAUGUGCAUUUCUGAGGGAGCUUUGAAAGAGGUCCAGAGGCUGUCUUACAUAGGGCUAAGUGGACUCAGCUGGAGAAUGGAACUGGGACCUGUGGGAGGGGGUGUACAGUGUGGGGACACUCUAACCCGGAUUGGUGGGGGGGUUACUGUCCCUAACGAGGCUCAGUCACCUGCCGACACUUGGGACGUCUGCCGUUAAUGGUGGGUUUAAUGCCGGGAUAUUGGUGCUUUAAAAGGUCACUAUAGUUUAUCUCUUUAAACUUAAGUAACUUUAAUUUGGGUUUUUGUGUGUAAGUGGAGGAAAACGAGAUGAGUGUUUUUCAGCAUUAACUGCUGAUUCUUUCCAUUGGCAUUCUCUGCUUUCCUUGUUGAAUAUCAAUCUGUAAUUACAUCCCUACCAAAUAAAUAUUGAUACAAUUUUCAGUAUUUUUGUUUUGUAUUAUUCAAUGAGACUGCAACAAUAAACAUUCUUGCAACAA